CUCUCCAGCCUGGGUGAUUCUUGGGUGAGACAACGAGCUCUUCAAGUGAACUCCCAACAGUAUGAGAAUCGAGGCUCGGGCGGACAGUCGGCAAGUGUUUUGUGCUCUCCACCAGCAGACCCUGAAAACUUCCUCAAGGCCCCCACUUUUUGUGCCAAUCUUCGCAAGAGAGACAAUCUGCAGUGUUCAAUUGUGUGAUUCGGUUCAGUUUAAUUGACUGCACAGCCUCAGAAAAAGCGCAAUCUGUGAAAUCUCAAGCUCUUCCAUAUGAAUAAAUCACUGUGACGACUCUCGCGAUCAUUCAAGUGACACCGUUUGUAGUUGAAUAUCCGUGACAAGAUCAUCGAAGGCGGAAUGGAUGGAAUUAAAGUAAUCUUAGCCAUUCUUGGGAUCAUGUGUCUCACGCUCGCCCAUGACGUGGCUGAUUUGGACGACAGACUGAUAUUUCCGGGGGAAGUGAGUAUCCCUGAGCAUUCGCCAGCUUACAAAUCCUCAAUAACUUCGCGCCAAACCAGCGGUUCCAUCAGUGACAUUGUGAUAACGCAGCAGAAUGAGCAGCAAGACCAAAUUAAUAAGUAUCUCUCCUCGGGGGCUUUCCCCCUGCCCAACACACCACAGAAGCCCCAGCAGCCCCCGCAGGGUGCCUUCAGGCCACAAUCCCCGAGUGAGCAAUUCGAGGCGGAACAACAGAGACACAGACUCGAGCAGGAGAGAAUCCAGCAGGAGCAGCAGCGAUUCCAGGAGGAGCAGCGAAUCCGCCAGGAGGAGCUGCACCGCCAGCAGGCUCAGAAGCAGUACUUCCCGCAGCCGGCGGAGCAGAAAUCUCCCGGUGCUGGCGGGGAGAACUAUAUCGAUCCCCUGAACUUCCAAUUGCCGCACACACCGAAUCGCAUCACGCAGCGGCCACACCAGGCGAGCGAGAGUGACGCGAUUACCUCCUUUGCCUGGAGAUUAUUCAAAGGAAUCAAGCCUCCAAAUCGGCACACCAACAUCAUCGUGAGCCCUCUUCUCACCCAAUUGUCCCUGUCUCUGCUGGAGGGCGGCGCUGAAGGUUACUCACGAGAGCAAAUACAAGCAGCUGUGCAAUCAUCCCCGGAUCUCUUGGCUCAUGUUGUGCGCACCCUGAAGAACACCCACGCGACCACGAGCUUGGAAUACUCAGCUGCGCUCUUUGUCUCCAACUACCUUAAAAUCAAUGGAUCAUUCGCCCAGAGGGCAAAACAGGCUGGCUCAGACGUUGUUCCGGUGGAUUUCCCCAAUCAAUCGGCCGCCAUCAAACAAAUAAAUGGCUGGAUUGGCCAGGCGACGCGAAAUUACAUUCCCAACUUCCUGGACAGCAGUACACAAACCCAAGGAAUUGACUUGUUGCUCGCUAAUGCUGUCUUCUUUAAGAGCGUGUGGAAAUAUCCCUUCAACGAGACCUUCAAAGGAGACUUCAACUACAAAGAUGGUCGUCGAGGCCAAGUGAACUACAUGCGAGUGGCCAAGCACAUGAGGACUGGAUCAGUCCAGCAAGGCAUCUCUGGACCCUCUGGUGGGCUAAGAUGGGUGGAAAUUCCAUAUGCGGGAGGAGAAUUUUCCAUGAUCCUGAUCGUACCUCAGAACCAAAACACUCUCGAAGAACUCAUCAGAGUGAUGACGCCGAGUCACUUGGCCAGCAUUAUCGAUGAAUUGGAGUUUGCCAUGACGCACAUUGUGAAGCUGCAGAUGCCCAAAUUCCAUCUCAAGUCACGUGUUGCCCUGGCAAAGUCUCUCCUCGAGAUGGGAAUCAGCAACAUUUUCACCAGCCAAUCGAAUUUACCCUAUAUCGCCUUGAACGCUCCAGUGGCCCGGGUUACUGACUGCAUUCAGCAUGCUGUUCUCAAUGUUGACGAAUUGGGCACCGUUGCCACGGCCGUGAACAGUUUCUCAGUCAUCACGCUCAGCAUCAGCGUCCCAGACCCAGAGAUUACAUUCACCGUGGACGAACCCUUCCUCGCGCUCAUUGUAGAUAAGAGACAGAAGGUGCCACUAUUCAUCAGCAAGAUCUACAAUCCUUGAAACUAGUUUAUCCAAAAUAUAUCGCAUUUUAAAUGUAGAUUUGUAGGAGAUUAAGCUUACAUAUGUGAAAAUAAAUAUGAGAUUUCA